ACCAUCAUCGCCAUCAUCAUCAUCAUCGCCAUCAUCACCAUCAUCGCCAUCAUCAUCAUCACCGUUAUCAUCACCAUCAUCACCAGAAAGGCCAGAUUUGAGACCAGUUUAUUAGUUCAAUCAUGGAAGUUAUCGUAUUCGGACAUUGAGAUGGUCAGUGCUAAGGGGUCAAAGAAGGGGUCGAGUGUAUCGGUUAGUAUGAAAUAUGUAUGUACACAUGGUAAAGCGUACACAUGUCUCGGUACGGCCACACAGCAGCAGAUAUUUUCCGACGUUGGCUACUACCGCGGCGUGCUAGUGGCCAUCAAACACAUCAGGAAGGAACACGUGCAAGUGUCCAGGGAGAUACUGCUGGAGUUUAAUCAGUUGAAAGAUAUAGCACACGAUAACUUGAACGUGUUCGUUGGAGCAUGUACCGAGCCACCGAACAUUUGCCUUGUUUGGCACUACUGUAACAAGGGAAGUAUUCAAGACAUCAUAAUGAAUGACGAGGUCAAACUGGAUGCCGUCUUCAAACUUUCAUUUCUUAUGGACAUAGCAAAGGGCAUGAUAUACAUGCAUAAAAGCCACCUACAUUCACAUGGAAACUUAAAAAGCUCCAAUUGUUUGGUGGACUCCCGCUGGCUAGUCAGGAUAACAGAUUACGGUCUGCCAAGUUUUAGUAGUGGCCAGUUUUUUGACGAAUCAGAACAAGAUGCAUAUAGACGUAAACUUUGGACCGCCCCAGAAUUAUUGAGGGAGAACAUACCCCCUAAGAACGGUUCCCAGAAGGGUGACGUAUACAGUUUCGCCAUAGUAGCGUACGAGAUUAUAACAAGGUCUGAACCCUUCCCCUUUGAUUUAAUGACUGCCAGAGACGCGGUAAAUAGGGUAAGAAACGGUGAAAGCAUCCCGUUCAGACCAUGCCUACCCGAGACAACGGAUGUUGGCAAAGCUGUCCUUGACCUCUUGCGAGCUUGUUGGCAUGAGGUUCCAGAACACAGACCCAACUUCAACCAGGUUCGAACUGUUCUUAAGAGGCAGGCCAAUGGAGAGAUAAACAUAAUGGAUAGCGUCCUGAACUUAAUGGAGAAAUAUGCCUACAAUCUGGAGGAAAUAGUUGAGGAGAGGACACAGCAGCUGUUGGAAGAGAAGAAAAAAACUGAUCGUCUUCUCUACAGGAUGCUACCGUCAACCGUUGCGGAACAACUGAAAAUCGGGCGGACGGUGAAGCCAGAAUCGUACGACCAGGCAACCGUCUACUUCUCAGACAUCGUAGGGUUCGCCACACUGGCCUCUGACAGCAACCCCAUGCAGAUUGUCGACUUCCUCAAUGAUCUCUAUUCAUGCUUCGACGUUAUCAUCGCGCAACACGACGUCUACAAGGUUGAAACAAUAGGAGAUGCGUACAUGGUGGUCAGUGGUGUUCCGGUAAGGAAUGGACAGAGACACGCGGCUGAAAUUGCGAAUGUUUCAUUGGAUCUCCUGUCAAGUGUCCUUUCAUUAAGGAUUCGUCACCGGCCAAACAUUCAGAUACAAUUACGCGUCGGCAUACACACGGGACCCGUGGUAGCGGGGGUGGUUGGGCUGACCAUGCCGAGGUACUGCCUAUUCGGGGAUACGGUCAACAUGGCCGCCAGGAUGGAGUCCAGUGGAAAGCCUCUGCACAUCCACGUAAGCAAGCAGUCCUACAUAGCAAUUUCGGAAAUUGGAGGUUACGAAAUGACCUUGAGGGGUGAGAUGAAUGUCAAGGGCAAAGGGUUGCAGACCACUUAUUGGCUGCACGGAAAGGCGGGCUAUACGAAGCCCCUACCGCCGCUUGAAUUGUGA